ACAUUUUGUUAGCAUGGCAGAUUGGUUGUGAAUUGUGAAUAGAGAGGAAUAAAUCUUCAUGACUGAUGUUCAUGGCUCUUUAUUUAGCUCAUCAUGUUGUAUGUUGAUUCGGAUUUCUUGAAUCUUUUAAAGUAAUCUUAGUUGAAGCAUGUUGUUUAGAACCUGUAUACUUACAUUAUACAUCUCUUUUUAGGUACUGUGUUUAAACAUGACUAUUAUUAGUGUGGUGAAGACUCUAAAUUAAUGAAUGGGUGUUAUCAGCUGAAUAGGCCUAGCUGAAGGUAGAUGAGUGAAAGCUACUAUUUCAUUACCGUACCUUAAAAAAUAGAAGAAUUAAAGAUGAUGAAAAGUUCGAAAAAGGAUGGCAAGAUGCGGAUUCGAGCAUUUCCGAUGUCAAUGGAUGAGAAGUUUGUUGACAGCAUCUGGGCCCUCCUUAAAAGUGCAAUUCAAGAGAUUCAGAAAAAAAAUAAUUCAGGACUCAGUUUUGAAGAACUUUAUCGUAAUGCAUAUACUAUGGUAUUGCAUAAGCAUGGAGAACGUCUUUAUACAGGUUUAAAAGAAGUAGUAACGCAACAUUUAGAAUCAAAGGUUAGGGAAGAUGUUUUACGCGCUCUUCAUAACAAUUUCCUACAAACCCUGAAUCAAGCCUGGAAUGACCACCAGACGUCCAUGGUGAUGAUCCGUGAUAUUCUCAUGUACAUGGACAGAGUGUAUGUUCAGCAAAACGAUGUCGAUAACGUUUAUAAUUUGGGACUGAUCAUUUUUAGGGACCAGGUAGUCAGAUAUGGCUGCAUACGAGAUCAUUUGAGAGAAACGUUGUUGAAUCUUGUUAUGAGAGAAAGAAGAGGAGAAGUGGUUGACCGCAUCGCUAUCAAGAACGCCUCCCAGAUGUUGAUGGUUCUUGGCAUCAACAGCCGAUCGGUCUACGAAGAAGACUUCGAGCGUCCCUUUUUGCACCAAUCCGCUGAGUUCUAUCGGAUGGAAAGUCAAAAGUUCCUUGGUGAAAAUAGUGCUUCUGUUUAUAUUAAAAAAGUUGAAGCACGCAUCAAUGAAGAAGCUGAACGAGCAAAGCACUAUUUGGAUGAGUCAACCGAAUCUCGCAUCGUGGAAGUUGUCGAAGAAGAACUCAUCAAGAAGCAUAUGAAAACAAUUGUUGAGAUGGAGAACUCAGGCGUUGUCCAUAUGCUCAAAAAUCAGAAAACAGAUGACUUGGCGUGUAUGUAUAAAUUAUUCUCGCGUGUACACGAUGGCCUCAAAACCAUGUCCGAUUGUGUUUCACAAUAUCUCCGAGAACAAGGAAAAGCGCUCGUCCAGGAAGAAGAAGGUGGCACAAAUGCCAUUAAUUUUGUGCAGAACCUGCUGGAUCUUAAAGAUCGACUCGAUCAUUUCCUACACAAUUCGUUCGCAAACGAUAAGAUUUUUAAACAGAUGAUCGCAUCCGACUUUGAGUAUUUCCUGAACCUGAAUCCUAAAUCACCGGAAUAUCUCUCAUUGUUCAUUGAUGAUAAAUUGAAGAAGGGGGUGAAAGGGAUGACAGAACAAGAAAUAGAAACAGUUCUAGAUAAAACGAUGGUUCUAUUCAGAUUCCUACAAGAGAAGGAUGUAUUUGAACGCUAUUACAAGCAGCAUUUGGCGAAGCGGCUCUUGCUGAAUAAGUCAGUCAGCGACGACAAUGAAAAGAAUAUGAUCUCAAAAUUGAAGACCGAAUGUGGCUGUCAGUUCACAUCGAAACUUGAGGGCAUGUUUAAAGAUAUGACUGUAUCCAACACGAUUAUGGAAGAAUUUAAAGAACAUGUUUUAUCGUCCGGAGCGAAUUUACACGGCGUAGAUCUCAGCGUGAGAGUACUGACGACAGGGUUUUGGCCAACUCAAAGUUCAACACCGAAAUGCAGCAUUCCAUCCGCCCCUCGCAAUGCAUUCGAGGCCUUCAGAAGAUUCUAUUUAGGAAAGCACAGCGGCAGACAGCUGACCCUUCAGCCCCAACUGGGCUCCUCGGACCUGAACGCGGUGUUCUGGGGGGGAGUGCGCCGUGAGGAGGGGGAGGGCCGCGACACACCCACCUCCACCUCCAUGAUGCCCCCUCCUCCUGCGCGCCCCUCAAACACCUCGCCCCGAAAGCACAUCAUUCAGGUCUCCACCUAUCAGAUGUGUGUGCUCAUGCUCUUCAACAAUAGGGAUAAACUCACUUAUGAGGAAUUAACAAAUGAGACUGACAUUCCCGAAAGAGAUUUGAUCAGAGCAUUACAGUCUCUUGCUAUGGGCAAAGCCACACAGAGAAUCCUGAUUAAAAACCCAAAAACAAAAGAGAUCGAACCAAGUCAUGUUUUUUACGUCAACGACUCGUUUGCUUCAAAGUUACAUAGGGUGAAAAUUCAAACAGUAGCAGCGAAAGGUGAAUCAGAACCAGAGAGACGCGAAACACGAAACAAAGUCGAUGAAGAUCGAAAGCAUGAAAUUGAAGCUGCAAUAGUCCGAAUCAUGAAAGCGAGAAAGAAAAUGACUCACAAUGUCCUCGUAGCAGAAGUGACAGAGCAACUAAAGAGUCGAUUCCUUCCUUCACCCGUCAUAAUCAAGAAGCGAAUAGAAAGCCUUAUUGAGCGAGAGUAUCUGGCCCGAACUCCAGAAGAUAGGUAAAUUAAAUGUUAUACAGGGUGACACACGGGAGACGGACGGAUUUUAAU